GUUUAUCCUUUAUCGAUCCGCCCCUCUCUGCAACUCCCACUUCCCCUCCGCCCAUUUCCCCCUCCCCCUCCCCCUGCCCCUCCCCCUCCUUCUCAACAAAAAAUCAUGGCAUUUCGCAGCACAGCAAAUGAUUUGAAUCUGCAAUUAUCUGACGACGAAUCUGAUGAUCUCUGGAGCUCGCCUUCCAAGCGUGGAAACAAUCGGCAUGCCUCCAAAGUGGUCAAGGAGGAGAGCUUGUCACCCGAACCAACAAAAAUCCCUCCCCAUGAUGAUGGAGAGACAAUGUUUGACCGCCAAGAGGCGCGCGAAGCCGCUUUGCGCAGUGAGCUAGAGAGCGUUCGUAAGAUCAAUCAGGUCAUUGAGGGUCUCCUCGGGAGCCUUGACCGUGCCAAAGGGAACAUGGAUGUGAGUGUGGUGUUACUGCGUCAUUGUUUAGACCUAUAGUCGUUAAUUGUGGACUCAUUGUAGACUGCUUCACGAACGCUCGAUUCUGCUUCUACC